AUGGCACAGAAAUGGCAUCAGGAAAGCCCAUCACAAAGAUAUGCAUCUCUUAACGGGGAGGACUCCAAUUUCCUGAGGAACACGCACUCUGCCAAGAAGCACAGCAAGAAGGGCCUGAACAAGAUGCAGGCCAGCAAGGCCAAGGUCAUGUGCGCACAUGCUAAGGCUUUCAAGGCCCUCGUCAAACCCAAGGAAGUCAAGCCCAAGAUCCCAAGGGCAGCAACCACAGGCUCAAUCGACUGGCCUGUAUCACUUGCCUACAAGCUCGGGAAAUGUACUUGUGCCCACAUUACCAAGGGUCUCAGGCUCCGCCGGCCAGAAUCCAAUGUCAAGGCUUGA